UGUCCUUCCUAUUGUUCUCUGUUUGAAGAAGAUACAAUCACUCAAGUUCUUGUAUGGAUGUGCAGUAAAUGCUCUGGUGCUUAAGAUUGAUUGGCUUAUUGACUCGAUUGCAGUAGGCUUUGUCUUGCCAACAGAAAAAUAUAUGGUCCUAUCCAGAAAUAUUAGCAGAUGGCACGACCAGGUUUACCCAGCUGUGAGCUACAACACUAAUUCUCUUGUUUUUAACAACUUGGGCGUCAUGCUCCAUGGCAAAACCAAAUAUUUCACCAAUAUCGCAGCCAUUAUCAAGCAUGGUGGUGGGCAGGUUUUCAAAACUCUGCAAAGAUUGAUCCAGACUCUUGAAGCUGGAAGAAUUUCAAUAGCUGUCAUUGUUGCUGAUGGGGAAAGUUCUGCAUCUCGUCACUUGAAGCACUGCGCCUUAGAACAGAAUAUACCAAUGACGUCAGUUUACUGGAUUAUAAAGAGCUUAUAUGCUGGGCGACUUAUUCCUUUUGAGGAGAAAAAGAAUCCUCAGUGUCCACGAGCUCUUAAGCUUCAAAAACGCCAAUAUGAAUUAAGUCAAGAAAUAUGAAUCUCGCCAUUACUUCCCUUUGUACAAAGUUAGAACCGCAAAUCUGAUAUGUUCCCUAACCUGAAACAAGAUUUACAAACACAAGAGGCCUGAGGUUAAAGAAUCAACCCUGGAGGCAAUUCCCAGUAGAUCACCAUGAAGACGGAUAUGCAGAAGGCAAGAACGUCUUGCAGCAAAAAAUCUAUAUCACAACUCAUUCAUUCGGAAUUCUUUUAUACAGGGGCUUGGUGCCGAACCCGAUAGGGCAUUUGGUUAUAACAGUGCAGCAACCUAACUAAUUGGCCAACUAUGUAAGUGUGCUCAGCUAAGGAUUGCUGCUUAACCAAUAAAAUUGCCAACGGAUGCCUAUUAUGAA